UGUAAAAAGUAAAAAUUAUGUCAACAGAUGCAACAUGACUAGCAUACCUGAAUCUCAUAGAAAUGGAAUGUGCUACAAGAUAAAUGUAAUGUAAGUAAGAACAUGGACUGUUCUCGUACAGGUAAGUGUAGCAUGGCCCAUGGCCAAUUUAUCUGUGGGCAUCAUUAGAAGUCUUAACACCAGUGACACAGUACCAAACUACAGCAGACAGAGGCCCAUUCAGAUCCGACAAACAGACCAUGGCACGAAUUGUAGGAAUUCACCGGACCGUGACCGGACCAUUGCUUCAGCCACUACAGUGAUUAUGUAUGCAUGUAUAUUUACAAUCCUUCACUGCUCAGUUGUGAUGGUAAUUUGAAGGUAGAAAUUGCUCGUGAAAUUCAGUGAGUGCAUGCAGCUGAUGUCUUUCUAAGGAGAUUGUGUGGAAUUUCUCUUAUUUCUAGAAGGUUGACAAGAAAGAUGUAAAAGAGCAUACCUGAAAAAGUUUUCCUUUAUGGUGCUAAGGAUGAUUUAAUGUGGAUAUAAUGGAUUUUGUAUGGUGGACAAGUUUUAAUUAAAUUCUGUGAUUGUGGAAGGAAUGUCAACAUUGAACAAUCUGUUGUAAACACACCAAUCAUCUCUCACCAUGGAAGGUAGCAGCACUCAGAAGAAAUCCCGCAAUCCAUUCAAGUUUUCAUUAAGCACUUCAUCACUAAAACCUAGUCCUAAUGCUCCAAAGCCUGAUCCGUCAGCAGCCUCCAUACUGCGACCUCGGAAACUCCUCAGCAACGACAACUCAAGGAACCGUUGGUCCUUAUCUCCCAUUGGUUCCAGCCUGCUUCCCAGUGAUCAAGCAGGCAGUGAGUCUAAGAUUCAUAGUCUCGGUCAGUAUGAGACAAGUACCGGGAUAAAGUACUCAGCCCAGCCCCUCCUAGGGAGACAUCACAGAGAAAACGGUGUGCUCCAUCAUGAGGAGGACAGAGGGAGAAGGAUCUAUGAUCGCCCCCGCUCCCAGGUGUUCCCAUCCUCACCGCUCUCACCCUCACCUCAGGACUCUCUGUACGACACACCACCAAAGGGACCACUCCCACUGCCACACCCAUCCUCACCCACAACCCCACCCACCUCAGAGGGAACACCAAAGUCUGCCACUUUACCUUCACCUUUGACCCCAAAGGAAAGAGACCUUAACCAGAACUAUCCUACAGAGGGGUCAGAGGACAAGGUCACAGAAGUGCAGGAAAUUAAACUCUCAGCAGCAAGGUCAUUCGGACCCUCUGAUGUGGGGUCAAGUUCACCAGGGUCAGUUGAGGAGGAAGCAGGUGGUGGGAGGACAGAGGUGACCUCCCCUGUUCGCCCCCCUAGGAGGACCAGCAGCUCCUCCAGUGCUAGUAAGAAACCUCUGUCUGUCGUACGUCAAGCUUCAGAGGAACCCCAGGCUACAGAGGGAGGGGCGGAGACCCAGGAAACACAGCAGUGGAAACCCCGUCCCCCCAUAAUAAUCCCUCUUGAUCCAGUUAAAGUGGAUGAUGAUGACUUUAUCGGUUUUGCUACACUCCCAGACCAAGUUCACAGGAAAGCAGUUAAGCGAGGAUUUGAGUUCUGUCUGAUGGUUGUGGGAGAAACAGGGCUUGGAAAAUCUACCCUUAUCAACAGUUUGUUUCUCACAGACCUCUACAAAGAUAGGAAGCUCCCAGUCCAUGUAUUAGACAAUCCUGAGCAAACUUUGGACAUUGAGAAGAGACAGUUAGACAUUGAGGAGCGAGGGGUCAAAGUUCGACUGUCAGUGGUUGAUACCCCGGGCUUCAGUGAUUCCCUGAAGGGGGAUGAAGCCUGGAAGCCUAUCAUUGAUUAUGUUGAUCGACAGUUUGAGCAGUUUUACCAGGCCGAGAGUGGCGUCAACAGGAAAAAUAUUCAGGACAGUCGGGUACACUGCUGUCUGUAUUUCAUAUCGCCAUAUGGACACGGGUUGAAGCCUUUAGAUAUAUUUAUGAUGAAGAAACUGCACCAAAAAGUCAACAUUAUACCUCUCAUUGCCAAAUCAGACACAUUGACACCAAAGGAAAAAGCAAAUAUCAAGUCCAAGAUUUUGGAACAGAUAGAAGAGAAUGGGAUUGACAUUUAUCAGUUCCCGGAGUGUGAUAGUGAUGAAGAUGAUGAGUUCAAGGAGCAGGAUAAGGCUCUCAAGGCAGCCAUACCAUUUGCUGUUGUUGGUAGCAACACAGUGGUAAUGAAUGUACCUUAAACUUCAAACAGUUGUCGAUCUUACCUCAUGUAAACAAAAGGUGCAAGAUCUGUGUCAGAAUGUACUUCCCAGUGGGGGAUAAUAAAAGUGGACAAUCCUGCCCAUUGUGAUUUUGUUAGACUACGACAAAUGUUAAUAAGCACCCACAUGCAGGAUUUAAAAGAUAUCACCUCAGACAAACAUUAUGAGAAUUACCGAGCUGAACAUUUAGCCUCUCAGAUGAAACACUCAACAAGGGAGAGAACGAAACUGAAGAGAGAGUCUAUGAUAAACCUAGGACAGCUGGAGGACACAGACAAUCUAAUAGCACAGAAAGAUGCAGAGAUACAACGAAUGCAGGAGAUGUUGGCUAAAAUGCAGGCCCAGCUACAGACAAACCCACGAAGUGCUGUCAACGGUACUUAACAUGCUACACUAGCUAAACAAAGAAUAGCUUCGUUAUUAAUAAGACAGUUAUUGUGUUACUGUGAAGCAAGAUCAAGGCAGUUGAGCCACAAGCAAAGGGAAGUAAUCCUGUGACAUAUCAAAAAAAAAACAUUCCAAAAAUGUUUGUCAUCUUUACAAUCAUUAUAAUGAUAUCUGAACAAAGAUUUACUUUCCAUUAUGUGUAUUUUAAUCUUCAUGGACAGCUAGUGGACUUGUAAAGAUAUGCUGGGACUUGUGGGAGUUUUAGGAUUGUGACUGUGUUUACACCCUGUAUGUAGACUGUAAUAAUUACAUUGUAUUACAGUCCUGUAAUAAUUACAUUGUAUAACAGUCUAAUGUAUGUAAGCCUGUAAUAAUUACAUUACACUGUAUUACAGUCUCCUGUAUGUAAACCUGUAAUAAUUACAUAAUUUAUUGUAAUAAUUACAUUGUAUUACAGUCUCCUGUAUGUAAAUCUGUCUUAGUUACAUUGUAAUAAUUACAUUGUAUAUCGGGGUCUUCCUUCUGUCAGCAACUGUUUAUGUAAUUCAAGAUGUUUACAUAAUUACAUUAAUAAUUUACUUACUGGUAAAUAAAUAUUUAUAUGACAUAAAGCAAA